CUGGUUCUGGGGAAGGGGCCUCUCCUGGCCAUGUCUCCUGUAGCUGCUGCUGAGCCAGAUGGGGUCCAGCGAGACAGGCGUGUCAGCAAGUUCAUUUUCUUCCUUUUUGUCUUUGGUGGCAUCCUGUUGUGUGUGGGAGUCCUGCUCUCCAUCUUUGGGUUCCAGGCAUGCCAGUACAAAAUCUUCCCAGACUGCAGCAUGGUGCUGAAGGUCGCUGGGCCUGCCUGUGCCGCGGUUGGGCUUGGGGCUGUGAUCCUGGCCCGCUCGCGGGCACGACUUCAGGUCCGUGAGGGACGCCUGCGGGGCAGCCAGGCGGACCCCGACCGAGCCUUCAUCUGUGGAGAGAGCCGCCAGUUUGCCCAGUGCCUCAUCUUUGGGUUUCUGUUCUUGACAAGUGGCAUGCUCAUCAGCAUUCUGGGCAUUUGGGUCCCCGGCUGUGGUCCAGACUGGGCGCAGGAACCCCUGAAUGAGACAGACACUGCCGACAUGGAGCCCCAGAUCUGUGGAUAUCUGUCCCUGCAGAUCAUGGGGCCCUUGAUUGUACUCAUGGGACUGUGUUUCUUUGUGGUUGCCCACGUUAAGAGAAACAACUUGAAUGAGGGCCAGGAUGCCUCCGAAAGUGAAGACAGACAGACGCAGAGCACGGAGCCUGUCCAUGUCACUGUAGGUGAUGCCGUGAUAAUAUUCCCACCCCCACCACCACCUUACUUUCCUGAGUCUUCAGCUUCUACAGUGACUCCGAGUCCUGGGGCUAAUGGUUUGCUUCCAAAUGAAAAUCCGCCUUCAUAUUACAGUAUUUUUACCUAUGGUAGGACCCCAACUCCUGAGGGCCAAGGCGCGGCCUCCGAGAGAGAUCGUGAAUCUGUAUACACCAUUUCUGGGACUGCUUUGUCCUCUGAGAUCUCAAUCACUCCGCAUCUCUCCUCUGAACUGCCUCCCAGAUACGAAGAAAAAGAAAUGGCGGCAACCACAACCUCAUCUCCAUCUUCUGAGCCUUCCCCACCGUGAACUGUGGAUUCCAGUUCCAUUUUCUAUAAAAUUGAUCACUAUUUUAUUUAAUUUGUUUUUUAAUAAAAAAAAAUACAAUGGCA